CCUAAACAGUCAUCUGUUGUUUACACACAAGAAUUUCGAAUCGUUAAAAUGAGACUUAAGAGCAAUGAUUUUGAUAUGAACUGUAUUGAAAUGGCUAAAUUUCUUUUGGGUAAAGUUCUUGUUCGUCAAUUGGAAGAUAAUACAUUUUUGAGAGGUAAAAUAGUGGAAACCGAAAGUUAUUUGGGAGGAAUAGAUAAGGCUUCACAUUCCUUCAAUGGUAGAACUCCAAGAAACGCGCCAAUGUUUAUGAAAGAAGGAACUGCUUAUGUAUAUAUGACUUAUGGAAUGUAUCACUGCUUUAAUAUAUCAAGUAGAGAGCCAGGUGCGGCAGUUCUUAUUAGAGCUUUAGAGCCUUUAGAAGGUUUAGACAUUAUGCACAAGCACCGUUUGAAUAAGGUGAAGAAUAAACAAGCUUUCAAAUCGCUAAAAGAUAUAGACCUGUGUAACGGACCAUCAAAAUUGUGUAUAAGUAUGGAUAUCCAUAAAGAUAACUGUAACAAAUUAAAUUUAUGUGACAAUGAUUUAUUAUGGCUUGAAAGCUUUCCCAAUUUCAAUGAAACAUUGAAUAUUGUUACUGCAAAGAGAAUAGGAAUAGAUUCAGCUGGAGAAGAAUGGGCUAACAAACCUUUGAGGUUCUAUAUUUUCGGAAACCCCCAUGUUAGUAAAAGAAAUAGAACAGCUGAGAAAUUGAUUGAAUUGCCUACUACAUGACAACUUUGAAAAAACAAGUAUGACAUGCAAACUUUUUCAUUAUAACAAAAUUGCUCCCCUGAAUGUAGAAAUCUUGUUAUAUUGUUUCUCAACUCUAUAAAUGAAUAAACGAUUCUAUAUA